AUGAAGUUUGAGGAUCUACUUACUGAGAUCAAUGGCUUCGGCAGGUUCCAGAAGAUGAUUAUUUGCAUCAGUUUUAUCGGACGAUUUACUCUCCCGUGUCACUUUCUGCUAAGCAACUUUAUCGCUGCCAUCCCUUCUCAUCACUGUGACAUCAGUUUUUUGGAUGUUGACGGGAUCUUUGGGAAUCUGAGCCGGGAGGAGAGGCUGACUGUCAGUAUUCCAAAACAGGAAGAUGGGACUCUUGCUUCCUGUCACAUGUUCUCUCAUCCUCAGUUCCACCUGCUGUCAAACUCAUCGAGCAGCACAGAUCUUCCUGUUGUUAGGUGUCAGAAUGGAUGGGAGUAUGACAACAGUACAUUCAGCAGCACUCUGGCCACACAGUGGGAUCUGGUGUGUGAUAACAGAGGUCUGAAUAAAGCUGUGGCCACCAUCUUCUUUGUUGGCUCAAUGUUUGGAGCAGUUUUAUUUGGAGGUCUGAGUGACAGAUUUGGCCGUAAGCCGAUGCUGCUGGUGUCGUAUGUUUUAGGAAUGGGUUUUGCAGUGGCCAGUGCUUUUUCCUCCUCCUUUAUCAUGUUUGCAGUGUUGAGAUUCUUCACUGGAUUAACCAUCACUGCCAUCAUCACAAUCUCAUCUGUACUCAAUGUGGAGUGGGUAGACAUUCAGCACAGAAGACUGGUGUGUUUGAUCGACAGUAUGGGGUGGACUUUUGGGACCACCGCUUUAGCUCUCAUUGCAUUCUGUAUAAGAGACUGGAGAUGGUUGACAGUGGCCAUAACUUCACCUGUAUUUUUGUGCACAAUUCUCUGGUGGUGGAUUCCAGAGUCGGCUCGGUGGCUGAUAGUCCAUGGAAAGACACAAAAAGCUCAUUUUUACCUUCAUAGAUGUGCAGUUAUGAACCGCUGUGAGAACAUUACCUCGAGCAUCCAACCUGAGGCUCUCUCUAGCAUCAUUGUGACAGACACAGAAAAGGGGACGUUUUCAUACCUGGAUCUUGUCAAAACCCCUAAAAUGAGGAGACUGGCUUUGCUCACAGGGACCAUAUGGUUUUGUGUUGCUGUUGCCACCUAUGGAAUAAGUCUAAAUAUAACAGGCUUUGGUCUAAACGUCUACAUUACUCAGUUUGUUUAUGGGUCCAUUGAGAUUCCAGCUAAACUGAGUAUGUAUUAUCUGCUUGAAAAGAUUGGCAGACGAAGGACAGAGACCGGUGCUCUGUUUUUGACUGGAAUCACCCUCAUGAUUAACAUUUUCACACCCAGAGAUCAACAGGUUGGACGUACUGUAGUAGCUGUACUUGGAAAAGGUUUUGCAGCUGCAGCCUUUGCUACAAUCGUAUUGUACUGCUCUGAGCUUUACCCAACUGUUCUCAGGCAAAAUGGGCUGGGCUAUAACUCCUUCGUGGGUCGUUUGGGUGUGUCUGUGGCUCCUUUAGUUCUCUUGUUGGAUAGUUUCUGGGGGUAUCUCCCUCAGAUCACCCUCUGUUCUGUGGCCUUCUGUGCUAGUAUGGUGGCCUGGCAGUUACCUGAGACACGAGGCAGGUGUCUACCUGAGACUAUAGAGGACAUUGAGGGUACACAGUAAGUAGUUGAUGCCAUGUUAUUUUAGGUUAUUAUAAAAAUAUGGACCUGAACUGAAAAUAUUCAGCUCAAAUAAAAUGUCAGAUAAUAUAAUCAAAACAGAAGUCAAAUUUAAAGUAAUUUAAGAAAUGCUUAAAAAUAUGUUAAAAAAAUAAUCUUACUGACU